AUGGAGAGUUUCCGCGAGCGCAAGCAGCAGCGGCUGCAGGCCGGCGCCGAUCGGAGCCGCGCGGGGGGAGUGGACCCGGAGAUCAGGGCCCUCGUGGACACACUCAACCGCUCGGAGCGCUUCAGCACCACCAGCUCGUGUGCAGGCCGGGUGCUGCUGCUGGCGGGCUCUGAUCAAACUAAAGUACAAAAACAGAAUUGCUUGUGGUUAUUUGUGACUCAUCAGAAAUGUCGGAAAGAAGAUGUGAUUGCGGGUUUGCUGAAAGCAGAGGAUAAUGCAGUGUUUAAAUUUGAGCCAUUUGUUCUCCAUGUCCAGUGCAGGACGCUAGAGGAUGCACAACUCUUGCACUCUGUCGCUAUAAACUCUGGCUUCAGGAACUCUGGGAUCACGGUUGGCAAGAAAGGCAAAAUAAUGAUGGCUGUUCGCAGCACUCAUUGCCUGGAAGUUCCUUUGUGUCAUCGAGGAACGGUAUUGGUGAGUGAGGAGUACAUCGAUUACCUAGUGCAAGUGGCUAAUCAGAAAAUGGAGGAAAACGAGAAGAGGAGAGAACGGUUUUGUGCUGGUCUCGAAGCUGCUCUAAGUGCUCCAGUGACUACUGAACAACUGGAUGAAAAGGUGAACAUAGCUGCCAGUGUGUACACUCGCAGAAGAAGGCAGAGAGCUACCAAGAAGGAACGAGGAAAUGGUGGAACAACAGCCCAUAGUGAUGGCGAGAGUGACCUCGCAUUUCUGAUGGGCAACACCUGAUCAUGACAUUUUAAUCCUCAGAAUGAAAUUGAAGAAAACUGCAGCCCUUGCGCAGAGUUGGAGAGCCUGAAGGGCUCAACUGAUAUCUCUGAAAAUCAUCUUUCCAUCAACAAUUGGGAUAAUUUAAUCAGAGGUCUGUUUUUUUUUCCCCCAGUUGUAUGGGUCUUUUUUUUUCAGACUUUUUUUUGGUGAACUAAAUUUUAUCCUUCUUCAUUUAAAAACAAAAUGAAGAUUUUAAGUAACAUUAACCAGGUGAGACUGUGACACUUCAGGUCACGUUAGUUGAAAAUUUCUUCAAAUGUUCACUUAGUGAAGGCAACGUAAGACAAAGGUGUUUAAAUAAUAUGUGUCUCAGAUGAUCCGUGUUAUAUUUAAUUUAAAUACUUGCAAGAGGAAAACAUUUGCAGGGCUGUGAGAAAAGGGAUGGAGUGUAGGAUUGAUCAGCUCUUUUAAUGAGUUAACACGUGCAUGAUGGGGUGAAUGACUUCUACCACAUUUGUGAAUAAUAUGAGCGAGUGCAGAAAUGUGUCUUUGAUUGACUGUGCACAUGCAUUCCCAGCAAUACAAGUGCAAUUAAUGCUGACUGUACAGUAAGACACUGACAGUUCCCAUUGUAGUUUUUAAUAUGGUAAAACCUCACUAGAUGCUGAGUGUCAUCAAAUUAAAAUCUGGUGCCAUAUUUCUUGGAGUCUUUAAAAGGUGACCAAAGCGUGUUUAAAGAGUUACGAUUAAAGAAAUGUCUUAGAGAUAAAGAAAUUCAGGGAAGGAAUCCCAUAAUUUGGAGCCAGGUAUCCAAAUGUACAAUGAAUAAAGGUUAAAGAACGACAUGCUAUUUUGUGGAAUACACACAACACUACUUCCUAAAUCACUGCAUCUCCAGUCCAACAAGGAAGGAAGCAUUGCUUGAUUAAGUUCUGCAAUGUAAAUGGAGCGAAUAGCUAAUAGAAAGUAAAAGAAAAUUGGGGAAUGGUGACUGUAACACAGUUGGGUUCAUUGUAGGAAAAUGGGGUGGAGAGGUAAUCAAGCAGGACAACUCCGUAACAGCUGAUUAAUCCUCUCCUGGGAAAUGGGUAAACAGUACACAGACUCAGAUCAAAAUGAGUGAGAGGUAAUAAAACAAAUCUGGUACUAUGGAUAAAUUGACAGAGUAUGAAACUUAAAAGGGAAGCAUUUGUUCCCUUAAAACUCCCGAUAUUGAGAUUAAUAGAAAGCUAGGAAGGAUAGCUUUUGCAUUGCACCCUUUGCAACUGUCGGCUGCCCCGAAAGCUGCUUAGCCAAUGAAAUAGAUUCUGUUGGUGAUUUAUCUUAAACUUGGCUUGGCUGGAGAGGCAGGUGUGACUUCUCUGGUCUGCCACAGUGUAAGAGUGGAGCAAAAGGCCUGAGGAUUGUUAAACCAUAUCUCUGGUUUGAAUUAUAAGCCACAGUUGCUUUUUUGUUUAUGACGCUGAUGACGUUUUUGUACUUUUCUUUUUUUGUGAAGCAUGCUGGAUAUUUGAUGGUUCACUAAAAUUCAACAAGACAGUCGCCUUCUUCCUAUUCCAAUUAUGAGGGUAAUUGGGCAUUUAGUGUCGGAAAUAGCAGUCCAUGGAUACAAUUCAGCUGCAGAAUUCCAAAAAGAAAUACUGAGCUUACUGUUUGUAUACAAAUCAUGACUGGUGGCUACUUAGUUCUGUUAUGAUGUAUAAACUUAACCUUGGCUUCUGUGCACUAAAACUGCUUUUGUUGCAAAAUUUUUUUUUAAUCAAAAUACUACUGUUAACAUAAUUAUCAUUUUUGGGCUGUACCUGAAUUUAGUUUCUCCUCUCUUAUCCUUUUUUUAAUUUUUGAUGUACAAAGGGGUGAGGACCUUCAAUGAAUAUAGAGGCUGGAGAACUUGGGCAAAGAAGGCUAAAGAGGGCUUAAUCAAACUGUUCAAAAUUGUGAAGUGAAUUUGAUAGAGUAAGGAAGGUGAAACUGUUUCCAGUGUCAGGAGGGUCAGCGAUAAGACAGGUGCGAAUUGGAGGGAGAUAGCGAGAGAAAAACCGUCUGGGAGACAAUGAGGAAUUUUUUUUAAAAUACAGUGAGUUGCUGUGAUCUGUAAUGCACUGCCUGAACUGGCAAUGGAAGCAAAUUCAAUAGUUUCAGAAGGGAAUUAGAUCUGUACUUCAAAUAUUUGCAGCACCACGGCAAAAGAGCGGGGAAAUAAAAUUAUUUGGAAUGCUUGCUUAACGAGCAAGCACAGACCCAAUGGGCCAUAAGGUCCUCUUUAUAACGUAUGAUUCCAUAAUUGAUCAGGAGAUGUGUUACUUGAUAAGGCUGACAUUUUACUGUCACACAGUUUUCCUGAAGGCAGGAGUGGAUUGGCUUCGUACAAACUGGAUUGCUACACUGUGCUUUGUUUGGCCCUUUCACAGAGAAGGAGCAUUAGAUUGUGUUGAUAUGGGUCUGCAGCAACAAAGGAAGAUCAGGUAAGGACAACAGGUUCCUUUCUCGACAGGACUUUUUUUUUAACUGGGUUGACCUUUUACGACAAUACAGCAGCCUUGCGGUCAUUUUUACUGGAAGCAGCUUUAUAUUUUCAAUAUUUAAACUGAAUUUAAAUUAUCCGUGUAAUUUAAAUAGGUAUUCCUGGAUUAUUAAUCCUGGUGUAAAAAGUGAGGUCUGCAGAUGCUGGAGAUCAGAGCUGAAAAUGUGUUGCUGGUUUUAUCUUAGCCUGCUGGACACACUUUCCUCAUUCCUGAUGAAGGGCUUUUGCCCGAAACGUCGAAUUUCCUGUUCCUUGGAUGCUGCCUAACCUGCUGCGCUUUAACCAGCAACACAUUUUCAGUUAUUAAUCCUGGUGCCCAGUUAGCCACUAAAUAACUUCAAACCCAGAAUGGUGUUGUGUACAUUUUUUAAUAAAGGUUUAAACAAUU